AUGGUAUCUUCAGUAAAGAUCAGUAAAGAUGGUAUCCUUCAGAAAACGGUGGUGUGUCCCAUCAUCGACGUGAUCAGUGAUGACACGUUUGAGUACAUGGCUGGUUCUGACAUGACCUACGGAGGCUUCAACUGGAAGCUGAACUUCCGCUGGUACCCUGUACCCCAGAGAGAGAUGGACCGCCGCAAGGGAGACCGCACUCUGCCCGUCCGGACUCCUACCAUGGCCGGUGGGUUGUUUUCUAUAGACAGAGAUUAUUUCCAGGAGAUAGGGACGUAUGACGCAGGUAUGGACAUUUGGGGAGGAGAGAACCUGGAGAUCUCCUUUAGGAUUUGGCAGUGCGGGGGGACGUUGGAGAUCGUGACGUGUUCUCACGUGGGUCACGUGUUCCGGAAGGCCACGCCCUACACGUUUCCAGGAGGAACGGGUCAGAUCAUCAAUAAGAACAACAGACGCCUGGCCGAGGUCUGGAUGGACCAGUUCAAAAACUUCUUCUACAUCAUCUCCCCUGGUGUGACGAAGGUGGACUAUGGUGACAUCACGUCUCGCUCGUCUCUGAGACAGAAGCUGCAGUGUAAACCUUUCAGCUGGUACCUGGAGAACGUCUAUCCUGACUCCCAGAUACCACGACACUACUACUCACUGGGAGAGAUCCGUAACGUGGAGACUAACCAGUGUCUGGACAACAUGGCCCGGAAGGAGAACGAGAAAGUUGGCAUCUUCAACUGCCAUGGCAUGGGAGGAAACCAGGUGUUCAGCUACACGGCCAAUAAAGAGAUCAGGACAGAUGACCUGUGUCUAGACGUGUCCAAACUCAACGGUCCUGUCAUGAUGCUCAAGUGUCAUCACCUCAAAGGAAACCAGCUCUGGGAGUAUGACCCCAUGAAGUUGACCCUGAUCCACGUCAAUAGUAACCAGUGUCUGGACAAGGCCAGUGAGGAGGACAGCCAGGUGCCCAGCGUCAGAGACUGCACACACACUCGCUCUCAACAGUGGCUGCUACGCAACGUCACGCUGCCUGAGAUCUUCUGACCGCCGCCCACCCACACACACACACACACACACACACUGACAGAGAGCGAGAGAGUGAGAGGAGGGAAGAGGAGGAGGGCAGAAGGGACAGUCCACGCUGAAUGGGAUGAAGCAGGCUAUCUCUGGGUCCUUCUAUGGCGGCUGGGAGAGAGAGAACAUGUUUGGACUCAAUGGAGGAGAGACAUACUUUUAUCAAGAGAGACUGGUGAUGUUUUAAAGAGAGAGAGAGACCUGCUCCUGGAGAGACAUGUUGUUAAAGAGAGAGAGAGAGACUCACAGAGAGAAACAAAGUUCUGUGUUGCUCACACCUUCCAUGGACAAGGCAGUCUUCCCAACGCUGCAAACUCAUCACUUAUGUUUACCUGACUGCCUGUAGUGUGUGCGUGUGUGUGAGCAAGUGCGUCUCAAGUAAAGGUGGCUCAUUAGUGAUUUUUUUAUUACAUUUUUUUUCAUUGAGUUUGGAAAUGAACUCUGGUGAACUCAUAUGAAGGAAGGGUGUGUGUGUGUGUGUGUGUGUGUGUGUGUGUGUGUGUGUGUGUGUGUGUGUGUGUGUGUGUGUGUGUGU